AUGCCUAGAUUAUCAGCAGAUAACCCGGUCCGACGGCGUCUCUUCGCACCAGACAACCUAACAGAGGAAGCGAAGAUCGACAACUUCGCGAACCUCCUCCAAGAGUCCAUUAUCACGGAUCGUACAGAAAAAAGCAAAAAGUGGAACUUUGAUUUUGAAAACGAAGUACCUCUAGAUGGGGAUUAUGAAUGGUACCCAUGCAAUGAAACAUCCAAGUGGAUUGGAGUAACGAAAGUAGGAGAUGCAAAUGAGCAGGACUCUUUCCUUCCAAUGAAAGUAGAGAAUGAAAUAACACCAAGAGUGAAAGAGACAAAGGUGUCACAAAUGAGGCAGUCUUUGAAACGAAGGCUGAGCAUUGUGCCAGAAAAGGGGAUCAGGAGGAAAAUUUGUUUCGAGUAG